AUGGAUAACUUUCCAUCUGCUCUGGAAGGGUGUUGUGGGAGUCGGCUAAUUAAUGGGGGACCAUCACCGGGCUGCCAUCUAAUCACCAAGCACGUACCGGUCUGCAACUGGCUGAAAACCAAACUUCAGGUAGCGGAGCCCCAGCGUGGCCCCGGCCACACGCGUCACCUGGUAAAACACUUGGCGUGGGGAGCCCGCAGCCCGCCUUCGCGCGCCGCGCAGCAGUGGCAGCAGGCCGGCGGUGGCAUCACCAGGCCGGCAUAUGCCGCGCUGUCAGAGCGGGGCAGAAAUAAUCACGGCAGCCUCAUGACACGGAACCGCCAGGCCAUUUUCCGCCGCCUGUGUGCCGGCGAGGCGCCGAGCCUUUCCUACCAAGAGCUGAAAGACUUGAAGAAGACCGACGUCCUCCACAUAGACGUGCGGGAGAGGUGGGAGAUCGACAGGUUUGGAAAAAUCCCGGCGUCCAUCAACAUACCGCUGGGUGAGUUAGUGGAAGCUCUACAAAUGGACCCAACGGAGUUCAAGAAGCAGUACAAUCAACAGAUGCCAUCAAAGACAGACCCUGUGGUUUUCUCCUGCUUGGCAGGAAAAAGAAGUAAACAAGCACUCGGUUUUGCCAUGUCCUUGGGUUUCAGCAGAGUUCAGCAAUACGCUGGUGGCUUUGAGGACUGGGUAAAACAUGAACCUCCAGAGAAAAAAUGAAGAUGACUCUCCCAACCCUUGCCCCAUCGACGCUUCAGGAUGGUUUGUAGGUUUUAGCAUUCAAACUAUGUGCAUUCCACUUCCACAACACAGCCCACUCCCGUUUUCUUGUGUAAAUGGACAUUCACCUUCAAACAGCCGUGCAGAUCAACUGCUUGCUUUAAAUUACAUCUAAAGACUAUGACGUGAACAGAAGAUGUUAAAUGUGUUCAACCUUUACUGUGGGCUAUGUUUUUUUGGUGAAAGCACGUGAA